AUGUCUAAUAAUGCAGUUAGUGAUAUGGAAAUUUAGAAGCAAGCCCAGCAACAAUAAAAUAAUAUACUUGCCAUCUUGAAGUCUGGUAACGCAACAGUUGUCAAUGAAAAAUUAUAGAGAUGUCGAGAUUUCAAAGAGGGCAAAGAUAUUACAGUCCCUUUUUGUUAUAAAGGUAUAAUAACUUGUAAAUUAUCCCUAGAAAACUCUCCCAAAGAAGAAUUAGUUUUGGAGCAUGUACAAUAAUUUUAAAAACAGUUUCAAUUACAUUAUGAUGAAAGAAGGAAUCUAUUUCUCUAUCCAAAAAAUGAAUGCGAUCUCUAUAAAUUUAUAUGUACAACCUUACGUCCAUAAAAAAUUGGUUAUUUAGAACUCUAUAAUUAUGAAUAAUGUGCAAGAUAUAUGAGUUUUUUUAUUGCUUAUGAAUAAUUGGAUCCUCCUGAUUAAUUUCCUAAAGUUAUUCCAAGUCCAACUAAUGUUGCUAGAUGGUAAAAAGGAGAUUGUUUUGAUUUAUCAAUAUUACUUUGUAGUGUUUUAAUAGGAGUUGGUUAUGAUGCUUAUUGUGUAUAUGGAACAGCUCCUAGAUCAAUAACUAGUAAAAAUGAAUCAGAUCUUGAUUAUAUAUUUAUCAAUAAUGGAAUUAAAGUUGAUGAUGAAGAUAAAGAUAAAGACAAUGAUGAACUUAAAGAUAAUGAAUUUGCAAUUCUUCCAAAAGAAGAAAUUGUGUCUAAAUAUGAUACAAAAAUAUAAAAAUAAAAAGAAGAAUUUGAAAAAGAAUAAAAAAGAAUUGCACUUACUAUUGAUGAUGAUGAACCUGAUUAAAUGGGAUAAGAUUAAUAUGCUGGUAAAAGAAUUCAUUGUUGGAUACUCUUAAAAGCAGGUAAAAGAGGAGUUGAAAGAAAUCUCUUUAUUGAACCUUCAACAGGAAGAAUCUAUUAAAUUAAUGAAAGUCCAUUUUUAACUGUUGAUGCAGUGUUCAAUAAUAAAAAUUUUUGGAUUAAUAUGAAACUUGAAUCUAAAGUUGCUGAUUUAAAUUUUGAUGAAAUGGAUACAUCUAUGAAUUGGGAAUACGUCAUGUUAGAUACUAUGGUUGAAUAGAGUUAGCAAGAUGAUGAGGAUUACAAUUAUGGUGAAGAUCAUAAUCAAUAAUAGAAGUAAGUAGAUCCAUAAUAAUAAUAAUUAUAAGAUAUUGCAUAAAUCUUAGAUAUGCCACCUCCUUGGCCUCCAAAAAUUUUCAUAGAUAAAGAGUCUUUUCUCAAAGGGACUCCUUUAGGAGAGUCUACAGCCUUUUAUAAGAAAUGUAAAAUAGACUCUUAUGCUCCAUAUUCAUAAGAAAAAGAUGGAUUAGUUUAAAGAUUUUCUAUUUAUCAAGAUUAUAAAAGAUUGAAAAUACAUGAAAUUAGAUAUUUUUACAAACAUAGAUCUGAUAAAUUAGUAUUGAAAAGAAGAUUUCCAUAUGAAUUUAAAACUAUUGAAGAGUAUGAACCAGGAAAUAAACCUUAAAGAAAGACUAUUACUACAAUAGACAGAUAAUUGAGAAUCAUCUUAUAUUAUCCAACAAGGAAUCAUGAUGGCUUGAUAAAAAGAAUUGAAAAAAUUGGAGAAAAAACAAUAGAAGAAUAUGAAAAUAGGGAUGAUAGAGUUAUAUAUAGAUCUGUUAGAUUUGAUGCAAAAGAUAAGAAAUUUGAAUAAAGAGAUUUAAUACAUAAUGAUAGAUAUAUGGGAUAAGUCAAAAUUACUAAAAUGACUUAAAAAUAUGAAUUAAGUGAAUUAUAUCCUGCAAGUGAAUAACCAUAAAAAGUUGUUAUUGAUUUAGUAAAAAAUGUAAUAAGGUAAUGAUAAUAUUUUUGAUUUUAGAGUCUAUUAUCAUAUGAAUAAAGGAGAAAUCAAUCCAUAAGUUAAAGAGUUAAAAAGGGAAAAUAUGCAUGGAUUAGGAAAAUUAAAUGAAACUGGAGUAGAAAAAAAAAAUGAAGAUGCUUUGGUUUCUUAAGAGAAUUAAAGAAUAGCAAAUUUAGGUAUAUAUAGUGUCAUUUUUAGAAAAGGAAUGCUUAACUCAUAUUAAAAAUCAAGAAGAUGAAGUAAAGAAAGAUGAAGAAUAGUUGAGAUCUUAAGAUCUAAGACUUGAGAAAACCCUUCAUGAUAAAGCAAGAGAAAGAUAUAAAGAAACAUUAAAGAAAUCUGAAGAAGAAAAAUAAAGGGAAUAAGCUGACAAAGAUUAUUUAUAUCCAUAUUUGGAAAAGAGAAGGUUAUUAGGAAAGGAAGUACUUUCUUAUAAUGAGGCUUUGGAUAUAUAAAAAGAUGUUAUGACUAAAUUGAAGGAGCGGUUUUAUUUUACCUUUUAUUUUUUAGUUUACUAUCUAGAGCAGCCAUAAUCUAAAAGAAAUUAGAAGAAGAAAGAGCUAAAUUAGAUCAAGCUGAAUAAAUGUAAUAGAAAAAGGCAGAUCCAGAUGAUAAUGAAUAUAUCAAUAUACAAUUUAGAAUUGAUAUUUUGGAGUAAAGAGCUAUUAGAUUUGAAUCAUAAGCACUUCUUAAAUAUGAAGAAAUGGAUAGAAAACUUAAGGAAGAUAAAAGACUUGCUGAAUUAAAGAAGAAAUGAA